AGGAGCUGCUUGCUAGCACCUCGGCUGCGAGGCAUGCCAGGGCCAGGAAGCGGUUGUCGAGGUGAUCGAUCCCUCUGUAGAUGCCCGAGUACAGUGUGUUGGUGCCACUGGAUUGGAGGUUCCUCGUUGGAUGGAUGUACAGUUUUCCGGGAGUGGGUUUCUUUUUUUCCUUCUUUUCCUUUCUUCUUGGGUGGGCUUUCGGCACCCUUGUGUUUCUUUUGAGUACUUUUGAUUCUCUCUUAUAUUCUCUUUUUGUUUCUAAUUGGGUCUGGAUUUGGGUUGGGGGUGUCAAUGGAUGUGUUUUCCUUUUCCGCUUCUGUUUUCCUUUCUCGCUGGAUGGGAUGGGAAUUCGAAAUUUUGGAUGGAUGGGAAACUGUAUACUAGUAUUACAGAUGCGUGCUGUGCUGUGCAGGUCGGGAAAUGGAUUGAAGUGGAUUGAAGUGUAUUGAAAUGCAUUCCUGUAGAGUACGGUACUCUACAUUAGGUACAUUAUGUAACUACAAAGCAGGAGCUGUAACCUCGUCUUCGGUCUGG